AUGACUUCUACAUUGUCGACCAAGUUAAUAUUACUCGCUGCAAUCAUUGGUGUCGCCUACUCGGUUGGUAUCUAUGAACAAUGUGCUGGCGAAGGUUACGGCACAUUUCCAUGCGAUGCUGGUUUAGGAUGUUUCCGCAGAAAUAAAUGGUACUCGUCCUGUCAACCUAGUUGUCCGAGAAAUGUCGGUUGGGAAUGUGAAUUUGCUGCUGCUCCAGCAGCUGGCUGGAAUCAAUGUGGUGGUGAUGGCUGGGUUGGUUCAACUGUAUGCGAAUUCGGAUAUGCUUGUUAUGCACGCAGUGUCUAUUAUUCACAAUGUCGUCCAAUCAAUGACUGCCCAGCAGGAUGGGCAUGUGGUGUGUAUGUUCCUGUAACAGCUGCUCCAACAGUUCCAGUAGUCUCAACUGUAGUUGUUCCUACCACCGUACGUCCAGUUGUUGUACCAGCCUACUCACAAUGUAAUGGCAUCGCUGGUGCAAUCUGUGCCGCUGGAACUGCAUGCUUCCGAAACAGCGCACUCUAUUCAGAAUGUCGUCCAACUUGUCCACCAACCUGGGCAUGUCAAACAGAUGUUGUUGUUGCUGGUGACCAAUGUGGAGGCGAAGGUUAUUUUGGUUUAACACGUUGCGCACAAGGCCUUCGUUGCUAUGCACGUAGCAAAUGGUAUUCACAAUGCGCAGCUUCCUGUCCAGGCGCAGAUUGGGCUUGUUAA